UUUAGUGUAUUUCUCUACAGAUUGCAUGAAAAGAAGAUGAUCAAACUUAAGUCACCAAACUUCCAUGUAUCAAGGACUCGACUAAUUAUAUACAAUCUUCCAAAAUCAAUGACUGAUAAAGAGCUUAAGAAACUUUGCUUAGAUGCAGUUACUUCUCGAGCUACUAAGCAAAAGCCCAUGAUCAGGCAGAUAAAGUUUUUGGAGGAUACUAAAAAGGGUAAACUGGUAGUCAAGAAUCACUCUCGUGGAGUUGCCUUUGUUGAGUUCACUGAGCACCAACAUGCACUUGUGGCUCUCAGAGUUCUUAAUAAUAAUCCUGGGACUUUCGGACCAGAGCACCGUCCAAUUGUAGAGUUUUCUAUUGAUAACGUCCAUACACUGUUGCGCCAUAAAGAGAGGAAUCAAGUUCAGUCAACUGGGUUUCAUCACAAGAUGGAAAAAAGUAAUGUUGACCCAAAUGGCUCUAAACGUAAGACAGAAAAUUCACGAGAAAGUGAAAAGUCAAGAAAGUGCAAAUCCAAAAGUAUUUGACUUAGAUAGGAGUAAAUUAAUCGGAAAGUUCUAAUAUAGGAGUACUGUUUAAAUAUUUACCUAAAUAGGAGUACUUUGCUGAGUCGCCGUUUUUUAUUCCUAAACUACCCCUGUUUAUACGCGCGCCUCAUUCAACACCAAAUUAAUUCCCCUUAGGUGCGCCGUCUCUUCCUUGCUCUGUAAGUUCGUAGUUCUGAGAAGCUUCUGUACCUGUGAUCGUCGUUCAGCAGCUACACCAUAUCACACAUGAUCUAUUGUUUCGUUCCAAUUGGGAGAAUCUUCUAUUGAAUUUGAAGCUCCGUAGUACGUUACUCUUAAUUUCUACUAGCUCCGUAAUACUCUGCUUCAAAUCUCGAAGAAUUUACGUCUGCAUGUUUUCUGAAUUGUUUUGCAUAUUUUCGUUACUUUGAUUUAGCUAUUUCAGAACACAAACUCCAAAUUAAAUUCCUGUUUGACUCCAUCCUUGAUCUCAUCUAUGCUUCUACUUGAUCGUUACUUUGUUUAUAGUUCUGUACUAUGGCUAAAUUGUUUUGCGGACUUAGAUUUCUGUUCAUUAGGUACUUAAGUAUACAUAUUGAUUUCGUUGCUUUUCAGUAUGUUCUUCAUCAAUUAUCUGCUGUAGUACUCUGGUUUUUGUGAACUUGCUUCAACAAUAUAGUUGUUAUUGUUAAUUAAGUUAAUUCAUUAUAGAUAAUCU